AUUGUGUUCGAGUUGUCGUUGCAGAUAGACGUUAUUCUGCCGAUCGUAAUAUUUUUUGUUGCGGGUGAUUUUCCUUUCAACUUCAAACAGUUUCGCAGUUAUUUUCGGCCUUUUUAUCACCGUUAUCGCGCCCCAAAGGGUGAGACUUCAAUUUGUUCAACUUGAAUUGUUGAGUAAUAUUAGAUGGUAUCUUUGCGAAAAACGUUCACAAAAGAAAGUUUUAUCAGUUUUUGUAUUUCUGUGGGAGUGAAUAGAAAUUAAUUGAAUUUAUUGUGGUUAUUGGUAGCGGUUGAUGAAUAUUUCAAGUGUAGUGAAUUUCUACGUACAAAGAAGUUUUAUAACAUAUAUGAUUUAUUUCGGUGUUUGACCAAUUUAAUUGCUGGCGAAUUUGGCGAAUCCGAAAUUGUUUUUUCCAGCAUCAGCCUUCAAGUGGAAAAAGGUGGAUUACCGAAAGAGAAAUUUUGUUGCUGAAGAAACAACGAAAAGUGGAAACGUAAUCAAAAAAAAGUUGCCGAUUUUGCUUUGUGAAGGUCUUUCGAGUGAAUUUCUGUGAAGUGUUCAAGAAUUUACUGCUGUUGCUGCUGCUAGUUGAAUCUGGAGUCUGGAUGCGAGAGCGAGAGAACUAUCCGUCGAUCAACAGAGAAAUUACUAAGCUGUCAAAAUGAAUAAGUCCUGUGCCCGGUGUCAGAAGGUGGUUUAUCCCAUCGAGGAGCUCAAAUGUUUGGAUAAGACGUGGCACAAAACAUGCUUCAAAUGUCACGAGUGCGGUAUGACAUUGAAUAUGAAGACAUACAAAGGUUUCAACAAACUUCCGUACUGCGAAGCACACAUCCCAAAAGCCAAAGCCACCACAAUUGCAGAAACUCCGGAAUUGAAGAGGAUAGCAGAAAACACAAAAAUUCAGUCGAACGUCAAAUACCAUGCAGACUUCGAAAAGCAAAAAGGGAAGGUUACACAGGUCGCCGACGAUCCCGAAACACUGCGAAUCAAGCAAAACACGAAAAACAUCUCCAACGUUGCCUACCACGGUGACUUACAGAAGAAAGCUGCCAUGGAAAGACAAAGAGAAUGUACAGAAAUUAUCGAUAGUAAAGACAACAACGAGCUGGAAUCGGAAUACUUUUCCGAGCAGUUGGCCGCGGAAUCGCUGCCCCAUUAUCAACCACCUCCCCCACCACCGGUUGUGGCCCCAGCAUCACAUUCACUGUCACAAGCCGCCAUGACCGGAUCGUCGUCUUCGCUGUCGUCUGUCGGACACAGCGCAACUGCUUCCGCCAAUCCGACCGCUGCUGUUUCCCAGCAAGCACAAAUCACACCGACCUCGACGCUGACCAAGCACAAUCUAAGCAAUCUGAACCAGAGCCAGAACAACUACCAACCAUCACAAGCCUACCAAGCUAACAACAACUACAGCAAAUCGGCCUACGGCGUCACGGUUCCAGCGCAGGUUUACCAGCAGGCUCCUCCCCCACAGCAGCCUAAUCAUUACCAUCACAAUAGUAAUAGUAGCAGCAAUAGUAGCACUCAUACCAACGAUUUGGUACGUCAGACAGUGUUGCAAAGCUCACAAGCACCCUCGGGAGUUAUGGGAAAUAAUCAAAAGUACUAUGAUCCGUAUGACAACUACGCUAGACCAAAUCCGAACGCUACCAUGGUAAACAAUAACAAUAACUACAACAGUCACUACCACCACAGUCAGCAGGCCGGUAUUGCUGGAGGUGGCGGUGGCGGUAAUGAACGAAGCAACGGUACCACUCACAACUAUCACCACAUUCAGCAGCAGCAACAACAACAUCACCACGCACAACACCAUCAGCAAGGUGAUGGUGGAUAUGCACAUUCACAGCAACAACAACAUCAACGCUACAAUGGACACCAACAACAGUAUGCACAACAACAACAACAACAACAACCACAGUAUCAGUACAACAAUGGCAAUGUGGUGAACAACGGUGGCAACAUUGGAAAGAUCGCCGACUACGAUCCCUUAACCGAUGGGCCAAGGAACAUUCCACAACCGAAUCGGCAGAGUGCGACACUGAUUUUCAGCUCUGGAAAUUUGAACGCAAACAACAAUCGACGAAUCGGAUCCGUUAACGAUAUCGACCCGGUAAAUGGCUAUUAUGGCUCGGUCACGACGGAAACACAACAGCAACAACAGCAAAAUGCCAUUUAUCACCAGCAAGCAGCUCAUCAGCAUCACCAGCAGCAACAGCAGCAGUUGUACCAACAGCAACAACAACAACAACAGCAGCAGCAGCAAAACAAUAUUAGACAUUCGCAACUUCAACAACAACAACAGCAGCAACAGUCACAAUACAUUCAACCGCCUCAGCAAUUUGGUGCUCCAACAUCAACACCGGUUACGAAGCCGAUGGGCAAAGUGCGCGUGUACAGAGCUCUGUACGAUUAUGAAGCACAGGACAGCGAUGAGGUUGGCUUCACCGAGGGCGAUCUGAUCAUUGAAGUGAACUCUAUCGAUUCCGGCUGGAUGACGGGUCGAGUCGAGCGAACGGGCCUCACCGGAAUGCUGCCGGCGAAUUAUGUCGAACUGGUGAAAAUAUAAGCUCACCUUCUGCGAUGUGUUUGACGCACAGGGCCGAGCUAUUGAGUUUCAACCAACCACCAACGAUUGUGGCGAACAGGAUUCAGUUUGAAUGUGAGCGCAAAUUUGUGAAAACAAAAAAUCACGAGAAAAUAUUACCAUUCUUAUAGUUUCUUGUUUAGUGUAAAAAGAGAAUGAUCUAAUUUAGAUGGAUAUACAACUACUUUACGAUACAAUAGUGGGAAGAAAUUGCGAGCAGCAUAUGUUUUUAAUUUUAUUUUCUUGUUAUUAUUUUGAUAUUCGCGUUAUUUCCUUGAAUUAUCAAUUAGAGUCAUUCAGCAAAAGGUGCUGAGCUAACUUUGACCACAUGUAUGGCAGCCUAUUUUUGUUGUUAAAUUUCGAAGAAUAAUUUUGCAGCAUUUACUGAAACUGUGAACAUUCGAAAAAUAUAUUUGUAUUCUUACAAUCAAUAAACACGAAUCGAAUCGCACUAGCACUAGAACAUCUGAUACAUACUGUAACAUUCGACUGGUGUAACCUACAGGAGACUAAGUAGAAUCGUGCCUUUAUCCAAUAACGAUUACCCCUUUGGAUGCAAUUUUUCAUAGUAGCAUAUACAAUGUCUUUUACACACUAGAGAUCGUAAUCAAAAUUACUCAUUUAAAAUAGUAGAUGAGCUUCCGUUUAUUGUAUACAGAUUCUGUGAUAGAUGAAUGUGUAUUCGAGAAAAUUGUUCGGCCUUUGUUCUUCAGUUCAAAAUUCUACAAACAGCUAUAAGCAAGUAAAUAAUCAAUUUAGGAGCAAACAUUUUUGGUACUUUGUCGAACCCCAGCGAGAUGUUUCGAUUAGAAAGAUUUACCCAAGAUAAGAUAGUAACAGAACAUACCGGAAUUAAACGUAUUAGUGAUAGGCUCUACAAAAAAUGGCAACAUGCAAGUUUAUUACGUACAUUUACACUUGAAUAUAUCCUUCCUCUUUCAAGCAAAUUAAUUUAUAACAUGAACCCAAGUCAAUAAACAACACAUAUACAAGUGCUACUGUUAGGUAAUAAAGAAAAAGUAAAAUGUUAUAACGCUAGAACUAGAAAUGGAUAGAAAAACAAAGAGCGAAAAUCAAAUUUUAAUGGCAA